CGAUAUUAAAGACAGCGGAUUCGUAGGCAGAGAUUAUUAGGAGCGUACAUUGUCUAGGAUCGCGUGACAAGAAUAUGGAUCAUUAUCCCGUUAUAGUGUAUUGGGGUGGGGAAAUAAGUUAUACUGGAUCCGAUGUUGGGUAUAAUGGAGGAAUAAAUACAGUGAUGUUUAUCCAUCGUCAAAAUACGACUUUUGAGGUGUUUGUUAGCAAAGUCUAUGAUGUAAUUGGUUGCGAUCGCAACUCUUUUAUGUUAAAAUUGGAGAUGAAAUAUCCGGUGACUGGGAAAAAUGUGUUAGUCCCGAUUAAGAAUGAUGAAAGCAUAAGUGCUCUUGCUUAUGCGGCAUCACAAGCCCCUGGAACGGCAAUGGAGGUUUAUGUUGAAUUGGUUGCAAGUUUAGAUAAUGCGAGGGAAGUCAUGACUAGCAUGGAACUUCCAGAAUCAGGUCCUAGUGUACGCCAUGAUACAUUCACAGAAAUGUUAAGUAACCCAAAUUACGUUAAUGAGCACUUGGAUGAGAAUAGCUCUCCAACUCAUUCACGUGGCAUUGGUGGUGGUGUAAUGAACACCUUUUCCACGAGUCACUUGGGUAGCCUUAAUGCGAACGAGGUUGACUCUUUAGAUCAGGAGGAUGAGCAUAUUGAUUCUGAUUCAGAAGAGGAUGAUGAAAGAAGAGAAGCUCUAGAUGCAGCGAUUAGAGAUGGUGCUCCAUCUCAAGAUUGGCUUAGAAUUGAUGAGGUUGAUCAAAGAUUGAUUGAUGCAUGGAUGACCUGGAACGAUGACAACUCCAUGAAUGAAAAUGGAGACUUUAGGAUAGGGCAAGAGUUUAGCUCCUUAGACCACCUUAAGAAGAAUGUUAAAGCAUGGGCGAUUUCUAAUAAUAGAAACUUCCGUGUAAUUGAGUCGGAGCCUUCAAAGUACGUUAUCCAAUGCACUAAUGCGGAGGAUGUAGGUUGUGAAUGGAGGAUGCGAGCUGUUAUGACCGCAACGGGAUCAUUUAAGAUUGUGCGAUAUAAGGGUCAUAAUCAAGAUUGCUCAGUACAUUACAGUGACGACCAUCCCCUCCUUACUUCUGAAUUUGUUGCUGAUCUUAUCGUGGAUAUGAUUAGAGUUGAUCCAGCGUUUAAGGUGAAGUCAAUCGUUAAUUUUGUAAAAAAUAAAUACGGAUUUGUAAUAACAUAUAAGAGAGCUUGGUUGGCCAAAAAUAAGGCUAUAACAAAAGUGUUUGGGGAUUGGGAUAAGUCCUUUGAGGAGCUUCCACGGUACGUGCAGGCAUUAAUGUAA